AUGCCACGCAUUCAGAUCCUCUCCGAUCUCCAUCUUGAGUCGCCAAAAGGCUACAAUGUGUUUGAAGUCCCUCACUUGGCACCAUACCUCGCUCUGAUAGGCGAUAUCGGAGAGGUCAAAGACGCAGAAUACUUCACCUUCAUCGAGAAGCAGCUACCUAAUUUUGAAAUCGUUUUUGUGCUCUUCGGUAACCACGAACCGUACUCUUCCGACUGGACCACAGCUAAGCACAAGAUGAAGCAAUUUGAGACGGACAUGGCGGUGAAAGCUGUAAAUGGCAGCCUGGGAAAACUCGUCUUCCUCGAUCAAACUCGGUGCGACUUGUCGCCGGAGGUAACGAUCUUGGGAUGUACCCUGCAUUCAAAAAUCCUCCCAGAACAGAUGGACCAUGUCAGUUUUGGUCUCAACGACUUCUAUUACAUCGCUGAUUGGACGGUGGAGCACCAUAAUCAAGCUCACACCGCGGAUCUCGCAUGGCUAAACCAACAAGUUAUCGCCAUCUCUCCGGAGGAACCAAGUCGUAAGAUCAUGAUCCUCACACACCACAGUCCAACUACAUCGCCUCGAGCUUCUGACCCGAAACAUGGACAGAGCAACAUUUCGUCUGGUUUUGCGAGUGACUUGUCUGAUGAGACUUGCUGGACAAAUAGCGCUGUAAAACUUUGGGCCUUUGGUCAUACGCACUUUAACACCGACUACUCGGAAAAUGGGAAAAGAGUGGUUGCGAACCAGCGAGGCUAUUUCUUCAGCCAAGCGGACGGAUUUGAUGCAGAGAAGUGUAUCGAGCUCUGA